AUGUCGAGCAACUUACCGAAAGAUAGCCAAGAUGGCUCGUACUCCAUGUACCCACCUACAUCACCAGCCGUUCCAUCAGCUAGCAUGCAAUAUCAAAUGGGCGCAUACGGGAGUCCUAACAAUUUUGCAGCACAGUAUGGUUACGGCUAUCCCAUGCCAAUGGACAUGUAUGCGGGCCAAGGUGCUCCAUUUAUGGGGUACGGGAUGAAUCCGAACAUGAUGUACUUUGUGGGGGGAAACAACGGUGGCAAUCAUGGUGUGCCUCCUCCUAGUGGGCAAAAGAGAAAGUACUACUCUAACAAAAAUGAGAAUGGGAAUAAGAGCAACGACAACCAGUACUACGGAAGUAGCACAAACAAAAGUGGCUCAAUUUCUGGAGCCUCCACAAACGCUCAUGCAUCAGCAAACGGCGCUUCCAAAAGUGUGCCCAUCACCAUCAAAAAUCAGUAUAAAUUUGAAAUUGGUAACAGCAACUCUGUCAGCACCGUUGAUCUAGAGCUAAAAUACCCUUUUUUCGUUAACGCAGAUGCCAAAACUUUUCGUCAGGCUCAGGGCGCCAGAGCCAAGAUCACUCUCGCUGCCCUGAACAAAAAAUUUGGCCAAAAUAUGAUUAUUCCAGGCUCUGGGGUUGAAAAGCAAAUUAGCGGAGACGUCAGUGUCGCCGAUACGGAUGUCAAUGUUGAUGCUGAUGGUGACGUUGACGUCGAAAAUGGACAGGAUACCACAGAGCAAUUUCAAACAGCACCUGCUACAGCGCCGUCUUUCCAGCCAGAGCUCGAAUCCACACCCAAGGUUGUUCCUACUGUCGAGUCCAAAGACAAGCUAGCCCAACCUGUUGAAGCUCCAGCUGUUGCAGCACCCGCCAAGAGUGUGAAAUCAUGGUCAGCAGUGGCGUUAGGUGCUGCAGGUACCAGCGGAACCUCCAAGUCCGCCACAGGUGCGGACAAGAAGGAUAAAAAAUACGUACCCCCCACGAUUAAAAGUCUCGAACCCGUGGGUGUCGUUGCAUUGAGGGUCUGUUUCGAUCCAGAGUACGUCAAAUAUACAACUGAUAAUUUGAAAGCUGCAGGAACGGCCGUGCAGGCCGUCGCCGCUAGGGGUAUCGUAAAUUCUGGCAACAUUUGUUUCAUGAGCUCGAUCCUACAAAUUCUCUUAGUCUGCCAACCUUUUGUGACUCUACUAAAUAUGAUGAGCGCCAAGACGGCUGCCAAAAUGGGACCAACUGGCUUUUCUCUGUUGGACGCGUGCCUCGAACUAUAUCGAAAAUUCGACAAACAAACUUUAGACAGAGAAAGGGCAGCCAGAGCCGAGAACGGCACAUCGGAACUGUCCGCAUCUGUAGCGGAUGCCAUAAAUCCAGAAGGUUUCUAUAAAACUUUGUCCAAGCUACCCAAAUUCAAGGAUCUAAGGUGGGGUCACCAGGAAGAUGCGGAAGAGUUCCUGACCCAUCUACUCGACCAAUUACACGAGGAAUUUGUGCAAUCUAUCUGCAUGCUCUCGGAGAGCGAUAUAUCAAAAUUGAUCAAGAGUCUCAAUGAUGAACAUUCAAAGGUUGUUCUUAUUAGAAACUUGACUUCCUACAAAGAUGCCGACUUCAUCAAGAAUCCUUCGACCGAGCUAAAGAGUUUGCUUGAAAGGUAUGGUGCCGGGUCUGAUGACACGGAGGAAGAUCCAGAAAAGGGCUGGCAGGAAGUGAGCAGCACAAGCAAGAAAGGCAAAAAGACCAAGACAGCUGCCAAGAGAACCGUAAUUGUCGAGCCUUCUCCAAUUUCCGUCAUCUUCGGAGGUCAAUUUCGCUCCGUCUUGGACGUUCCGCAAAACAAAGAGCCUCAAUCAAUCACUUUAGAUCCAUUCCAGACCAUUCAACUCGACAUUUCCGACCCUGCUGUUGAAGAUCUGGCGAGUGCAUUCCGCAAGUUCAGCGAAUCGGAACAGAUUCCCUUCAAGACCACUACAGGAAACAGCGUAGAGGCAAAGAAGCAAACUUUCAUUGAUAAACUUCCGCAGGUCCUUCUAAUACAGCUCAAAAGGUUCUCGUUUAUCAACAACACAGACAAAUCUAAGAUCGUAAAUUACAAUGCAUACAGUGGCCGAGUGGAGAAGAUUCGGAGGAGGAUUAAUUAUGGCCAUGAACUCACGAUACCGACCGAAUCUAUAGCGACGAAUACGACUCUUUACAAGCCAGGUGGGUCAACUUACAAACUGAUAGGCGUGGUAUACCACCACGGUCUAAGUCCAAGUAGCGGUCACUACACUUGCGAUGUUUUCAACGAAAACCUCGGUAAGUGGUACAGAAUAGAUGACAUUAGUUUGCAGGAACUGGACGAAAUGGAUGCUGUCUCUGGGGGAGAAGAGGAAAACGACUCAAGGACUGCCUACAUACUGUUGUACCAAAAGUUGUAA